CUCGUGUGUAUAUUAUGUCAACACGUUGUUUUCAAUGUCGUUUGUAAAGUUAUAAAUUAUUUUUUUUUUUUUCGCUGGAAAUUCGGAUUUCGUGUACCUACGAUUUUUGUAUUGCUAAUGUUCUGAAUUCCAAAAUGGAUAGUCUGACUGUCGCCAAUGGUGUGGGAGCUGCAGAACUGUCCAUGGGAGCUCAUCUAUUAUCAAGAUCGGCUGAUGAGUUUGGAAAUGAUGGAAAGGUUGAAAUGCUGUGGGCAGUGAAAGCCUUUGAACAUGCAGAAAUAUAUUUUAAUUUAUUAUGUUCCGUGGAUCCGAAACUACUACGUUUGACUCCACAUGAUGAUAAGAUAUACAAAGAAUUUAGACGAUUAUUUCCUGACCUCCAAAUAGAUGUACUCGAUGAAGAAGACAUUAAAAAUGAAGCGUCUAAAAUUAAAUGGCGAAGAUUUUGUGAAAUUUACAAAAAUAUGGAAAAUUAUAAUUUUGGAACAUUAAUAAGAAAAGACGUACAUGGAGACUAUACUGAAGUUAAUAGUUUUAUAGUUAUUAGGAUACAAUUUUAUGCGAUUGAGCUUGCCAGAAAUCGAGAAGGAUUAAAUGAUGUACACUUUAUUAAUAAUAUUUAUGAUGAAGAACCAUAAAUUUAUAAUAAUACUAUUAUAUAGAACAUCUGAUUAAAUGUAAUGUAUUAUUAAA